ACCCUUGAUCUUGACCCUUUAAGACAUCAUAAACCACUGUCCUCUUAAGUGGGCCAGAGACUCUCAGAGCACAGCUAACGUGAUCUAUACUGACAGAACUCUUCAUUGGUCAUACCUCGCUCACAAGAAAGGUCUGGACACAGAGUUAUAUUUCGGACCCUCACCACUAGCAGGAUGCUGAAGAAGGUGCUGCUGUUUGGGCUCGGUGGUGCGGCGGCUUUAGUGGUCGGCAUUCUCAUCGGACACUUUGGCAUCCAGACAGACGGCCCAGACGCAGUGCCCGACUGGGUCGCCGAGCUUUCUAAAGAUGUGGACGAGAGCCUGAUUGAGAAGUUCAUUGCUGAAGUGGACAACAUUCAGAUACAGGAGAAUCUCAGGGAGCUGACCAAAGUCCCCCACAUGGCCACCACAGAAGGAGAUGAGAAGACCGUCCAGUUUAUGUUGACAAGAUGGCAGGACCCUAAAAGUGGACUGGAUAAAGCCUGGAGAGAGGAAUAUAAGGUCUAUCUGUCUUUCCCAGACCAAAGCCGGCCUAACAAAGUGACAGUAGUCAAUGCCUCAGAUGCUGUCCUGUACACGGCCCGAGAGAAAGAAAAGCCCUAUUUACCUGACCAGGAAGAUCAGGCGGUGGUCCAGCCAUAUGCAGCCUAUGGACCUCCUGGCAAUCCAAAGGGGAAACUUGUAUAUGCCAAUCAAGGUAAAACCAGUGAUUAUGAGCACCUGAACAAGACAGUGGACCUUCGAGGGACAAUUGCCAUAGUCAGAUAUGGUGGAGCAGGAAGAGCAGCAAAGGCAAUCAAUGCUGCACCAUUUGGAGUUGUUGGGGUCUUAGUCUACACAGAUCCUGGGGACAUCAAUGAUGGCAAGAUGUUUGACACAAACGAGACAUACCCUAACUCAUGGUACCUACCUCCCUCUGGUGUGGAGAGAGGAUCCUUCAACACAGACUUUGGCGAUUUAUUGACACCUUACUUAGCGGCUAAAGAGGACACUUACAGAAUUCCAAAAGAAGACAUAACAGGCAUUCCUCCUAUCCCGAUUCAGCCAAUCGGUUUUGAGGAUGCCAGUGCUUUAAUCUGUGAACUUGGCGGGGAGGCAUCUCCAACAGAUUGGAGAGGAGCCUUUAACUGUCCAUACAACAUGGGUGGGCCAGGAUUUCAACCAGCAUCUCAGUUUAACAACAGCGACGUACUGCUGGAUGUCUACAACCAAGAGGAACUGAGGAAUUCAUCAAAUGUGAUGGGUGUGAUACGAGGGAGUGUUGAGCCAGACAGGUAUGUCAUCUACGGGAACCACAGAGACAGCUGGGUGCAUGGAGCGAUAGACCCCAGCAGUGGCACCUCCGUCAUGCUGGAGAUCAGCAGAGUGCUAGGCAAGAUGGUGAAGGAAGGCAAAUGGAGGCCUCGUCGGUCCAUCAUCUUCGGGAGCUGGGGAGCGGAGGAGUUUGGCCUCAUUGGGUCGGCAGAGUACACCGAGGAAUACUAUAGCAAGCUGAUUCAGCGCACUGUUGCUUACAUUAAUGUGGACAUUUCUGUAUUUGCAAAUGCCACCCUCCGAGCUUCUGGAUCCCCCUCAGCCCAGAGUGUCAUCUUCACAGCCACAAAACAGGUAAAAAUUCCUGGAUCUGACACAACAUCAGUUUACGAUAACUGGAUUCGCUAUUUCAACCGGACCAGUGACACAUAUGGAGAUAUUCCAAAUGUUGGAUAUCUGACAGGGGCAGGAAGUGACUACGCUGCCUUCAUGCAUUUCCUGGGUAUAACCUCAAUGGACAUAGCAUACACCUAUGAUAGGAGUAAAACGAAAGCACGCAUCUACCCUGCGUAUCACACAGCGUAUGAUACCUUUGACUACUCAUCCAAGUACAUCGAUCCAGGUUUCACAAGUCACCAAACAGUGGGAAGGACUGCUGGGAAUGUGUUGCUUCGUCUAGCUGAUAGCCUCUUGCUGCCCUUCAACUGCAGCGACUACGCCGAGAGUUUGGAAGGGUACCUCAAAGUGGCCAUAACAAACUUCAGGGACGAAUUAACUACACACAGCAUCUCCAUGGAGCCACUAAAUCAAGCUGUGACCAAGUUCCGCACUGCAGCUAACAACCUGAACAGUGUCAUCCACGGUCUUGACCUUUCCAAAGUGACGCCUCUUGAGGUUCGCAAGAUCAAUGACCAACUGAUGCUCCUUGACCGAGCUUUCUUGGAUCCCUUGGCAUUUCCUAACAAAUACGCAUUUAGGCAUGUGAUCUGGGCUUCAAAGUCCUCAGGAUUAGCGACCUUCCCUGGCCUGGCGGAUGCUUUUGAGCGCGCUCAGAAGACUGGCCUGAAGGAGGACUGGAGCCAGGCCCAUAGACACCUGUCCAUCCUGACUCAGGCCAUCGCAGGAGCUGCCAGCACCAUAGACGAGGUCAUCUGAGGGGGGGUGGCAAAUCUGGGAAGUGGAGAGGAUGGUGUAUGAAAUCUUGUCCACUUUUCACCCAGCAGGCCGUAUGAUUCUGUGAAGCAGGAGCUCGCUGCCACACCUGCUGAGAGGGAUCCUCAACUGCAGCAUUUGCACGUCCUAAAAGAGAAUGUGCUUGCUCUGCUUGAAACUGAUUUUGUGCAGUCCUUGAUUAUAGUCCUUUUUUUUAUCAGAGAACUUGAAUGGCUCAAAUAUCAAAAAUAAUUUGCCACAAUUAAGGAAAACACCUUUAAAUGGCCAGUAUGUCAUAUCUGCAGAAUAUUGAAACAUAUUCUUUGAAUAGUUCCGUAUGAAGGUCUUUCCUAUGUGGAGACUACAAUGCUCAUUCCUCUUAAACACUCCUUAAACGAAAUAUAAAUAUGAAUAAAAAUGUAUUAAAAAUAAUUUGCUUUUGACUGCCAUUUGAAUCACAUGAUUACAAUGAAGACUUGAAGGUCAUAUAUUCCAUGCUUGUAUAUGUAAUAAAGUGUUUGCUAUCAACGUGUUUCACACUGCUAUUGCUGCAAACAAAACAAUAGUAAAACUUACUUUCACCAAAUAAUAUAUUACUUUGUGUUAAAAGAUCGAACAGUAUAGUUUACCAAAUAUCCAUUUCCUACAUAUUUUCAUCUCAUCAGGACGCAAGGUCAUUUCUAACAUGUGUGUAUACUUUCAAAAUUACUCUUUCCACUUUUGACUUGCCUUUUAAAACAACAUGAUUUGGUGCAAAAUAAUAAUAUAAAUAAAAUAAUAUGAAAAUAAA